AUGUCAGGACGUAGCUUCAUGAGAUCCAUUCAUGAGAACCACAUUCCAACGGCUGGACAUUUGCCAUGGUUUUCCGUAACAUCCAGACCACUCGGAAACACAACCAGACCACACAAGUUUUCCGCUUUUGAACUUGUUCAGAAAUCUGUUCUUGGUCUCAAGACCCUGUUCUUCACUUUCGCAGAUCCGAGCUGCACUGCCCGUCACGGCGAUUCACAUGAAAUCGCCACGACGUCUGACUUGGCCCGGUUCUAUGGUGGUGCAUGUUUGCUUCCUCAGCUUCUCAUUUCAGCUGGAUUGCAGCCUUCCAAAAAAGGUCAACCCCUGCGGUUGUUUCAGCAUGGUAGCAUCCCUAUCCCUGGACUCCGAAGCUUCCGAGCUUCAUCUCGCGGUGGUCUCCCAGCGACGGGGGGGCCGACCUGUGUGGCCCAUGGUCCUGCCAAGCUCCGCAGCGCCUGCGAACGCGCGCGCGCUGCGAGCGGCACGAGCGAGAUGGUGCCUGCGCAGUGGAUGUGCCUGCUAAGUACCACUCGACUUCGUUUCGCUCCGGACCCUUCCUCCUUUGGACAUGCCCCGCUGGCCCUGCCUGGCCUUAGCGAUGAUGGGUGGUAUUCCGCAGACUUCGCUGCGAGCAGUGCAGCCAGUGCGGCAGCCAGUCUUCACCGGCAAUGCGGCCGCACGCUGUCCAAGGUCUACGCCGCUGGCGUCAGGUGUGGAGAGCUGUCCUUAGACUUCAGAGGGACCAAGACCAGCAAGGCCAAUGUCUGGUUGUCCGAGCUGGUUUUCUGGGCCGCGAGUCUUGCAACAGCGGAGACCAGGCUCAGGCUGCUGCCGGCGACCGAGCCCUUAUUGGAAGUGGUCGAUGAAUCUGUAGGACGCCCGUGGCACCUGGGCUGCGAGCGUGCCGCGCAGCCGACAGAAGCGGCGGCGGACGACCCGGCGGACGACAGAACGGCUGUCUCAGCGUCUCGAGCGUGUCGUUUUCACCCGGGCGACCUGGUGGGGUGA